UUUGUUGCCAAGCUGAGUACAACAAGGAAGGUUUGGAUGUCAAAACCUUGAAAAAAUCUAAAUUGUCCCUUAGAUAAACAUGAAUUAUCGUAGAACAAGCUAUUCCGUAGAUACUAGGAUAAAUCUACCACGUCACAGUUAACCAUGCAGGAUGAUAAGUGGGGCUUACUCCAAUAAGUAUAAGGCAGCCCAAGAUGAACAUGUACAUAAACUAAAAGAACAAGCCAAGAAAGAGGGACAGAACAUCAAAGAUAGAGUUAGAGAGCUAUCAAAAGAAACUAACAGGAGAAGAAAGGCACUGGAAAAUAGAAAGAAAGAGCUUGCCGACGAAGAAGAGAGAAAUAGACAAGCUGUUUUGUCUGAACGACACAAAGCAAAACAAGAAGCAACACAAAAGUUUCAGAAAGAUUAUUUAAGAAARAAAACAAGACCAGGCAGUGGAAAACAACAAACAGAUGAACCUCAAGUUGUUGAAGAUGGCAUAAGAGUAGUAAGGGGACAUAUUGUUGCUAUAAGAAAUGGUCAACAAGUUACAGUUCCUACACUAGAAGAUGCAUUGAAUAUGGUGAAUAAUCCAUAUAACGAAAACACCAUAGUUUACCAUGGUCCUCAACACCUCUAUAAUGACACGCAUGGUAAUGAUGUCUUUGUACCUGGACCAGGUGAUGAUCAUAUUAAGCUCAGAGAGGAUGCUCUGGAAAAUGGAGGACCAAUGUUUACCUUUAUGAAUGGACAAAUUACACAGGGUGCGUUACCACAGACAAUGAGAAGAAAUUCUCCUUCAGGUAGUCUGACUAGUUUAGACAGUUUGGAUGAGGUACCACCAGAUCAGUUUCCUUUACAAGAGAAACCUCCUCAAGUUCCUGGAAUCAUUGUCAAGGAAAAAGUCAAGUCUGCUGGAAGACGACGAGUUACAUUUUCUGACAGUAUAGAGUUUGAUGAUGGUUUAACAGGUCAACUAGUGACUGACGAGAAAGAAAGCUGUAAACAGUAUGUGAAACAGUAUAACAGUCGAAUAGCUGCAAGUAAUACGACAUACAGCACAUUAAAGCCAAGUGUACCAGUAGGUUCUCCUUCACCAGGCAAAAUAAUUGUUGGAACACCAGGCAAUACUCCUGUAAAGUCAGCUGAAAUUAUCCAUAAUGUCCCAUCAGCCUCUAGUGGCAGCAUGGUUGUACCAAUGUCCGUAUACUCUCAGUUGCAGUUUGAUAAACCCAUUGCAUCGUCAGGUGAAUCUACUUUCUCAAGCAACACUCACACAGAUCGUCCACAGCAAUGUGUGGCUGAAGUAGAGCCAAAUAGCAAUCAGAGUUUAAAGGAUGAUGAACAAGCUAUGACUAAUGAUAGUCUUGAUAGUCUCCAUGAUAGUUUAGAGGCUGAUACAAGUCCACAGCAAAGUCAUCAACAAAUAGAAGCUUUAAUGGACACCAAACAAGAACAAACCAGUAGUGAUGCAUUAGUUGAUGAUGAUAACAAUUAUGAUACUGAUUAUCAUACUAUUAAUACUAAUAUUGAAUACUAUGGCAACCCAUCAACUAUAUACAAAAACCCUUUUGGUCAGAGAAACACAUCCAAGGAAGCAAAUCAGGUAACUCAUGUUGCUAAGGAACCAGAACCACAAUAUGGAUAUGCACCUGACCUUUUACUGGAAUCUGCUGUAGAUUAUAUUGCAGGCUCAGUUGCAACCAAUAUGGAUAUUUACCCAAGUAAUCAGAACAACAGUCAUAUAAAUACACAGCCGUCUGUUGUUUCUAAUACAUCAGUGUACAUGCCUACUUCAUCCUACUACAAAAGCUGGUACCCAGGGAGCUUUUUCUCUUCAAAAACUGUGUUUGGAGAUGAAACUGAACAAGACAAGAUGGUAAAGAAAGCAAAUAGCAUUGCAUAUGACUUGAUAGAUGAUAAACACAAUAUCAACCAUGCAAGGCAAAGGUCUAGUAAUGGUGUGAACAAAGCAAAUUCUAAGAGUACAGGAAGGGUUAAUCCACUUGGCAAACCAGAUCACUCAGAUGAUAUCAAUCAAAAUGAAGAACAGACCUGCAGUCCUCAAGUUAAAAGCACUAAACAGGUUAAUAAAGUGAUUGCAAGACCACCCCAUCCCAGCACUCGUCACAAGGGUGUGGUCUAUAGUAGUCCUCUACACCGAAAAAGAGCUUUAGCUUCAGCUAAACGAACCACAGGGAAGAACUCGCCUAAAUCAGCUGCUAGAAGAAGUCCUACAUCAAAAUCUAAAGAACCUGCUAGCAGAAAUCAACAAACCCCAGACAAAGUAAAAGAGAAAAAUAACAAAAAUCAACAAAAAGGGAAGCAAGUAGUUUCUACAGCAACAAGAGGUCAAAGGUAUGCAAGUAGAGGGAAUUCAAGUUCUAGUGAUGAAGAUGAUGAACUUUUACAAAACAUUCAGAGAGAUAUGGAGCGUAUUAGCAUGUUAAACAAUGCAAGCCUUGCACAAGAGGAACAUCAAAAGAUUAUGAACACAAUCAAUUUAUCAGAAAGUCCAUUGCCUACUGAUAACCCUGCUUCCCCUAAAACUGAUUUUAAGUCAGUCUAUAAAAAGGUCCAUAAACCAAGGGCAGGAUCUGCUACUAAACAAAGACCUCAGUUGUUAUCAUCAAAUAGAGGGCAACCAUCAAAGAUCCCUGUGUAUUUAGGACCUUCAGGAAGUAAUAAUCAAGCAGCAAAUCUUGAUAACCAUAAGAUAUCCCCUGCUGUCAAUCAUCCAUGGACUGGUACCUUGGAUAGGACAGACAGACAGAAUUCUGACAAAGAAUUGGUUCACCCUCAAACCGCAGCACUUAGACAGUCCAUACCGCUAGAUAAGACACCUACAGAUGAUGAGAUUAAUAUAUUAUGGGAUAGAGUACGGAACUGUUUAAAUCAUAAAGACACCCAGUCUGUUGGUUCCGAUUCCUGUGUGAAUAGAAUAGAUGUGAGAAGGUCACGUACACAAGACAGCCCUUACAUGAUGCACAACACUACAAGAGAUGCUUCUCUUUCUCAAAGUAGAGCAGCAUCAAUCUCUGGUUUAGGAACAAUGCGACGUUAUAGCUCCCAGGAGGUUUUACGAAGGUAUGGGUCUGCUGACAACCUGGGUCCAUACAGACAACAACCUUUACUUCAACAUCGUGCUCAAAGAACACGUCAAUCAGGGCAGGGAAAACCACCUGUGGUUCCUAGGCAACAGUUUUCACCAAUGGCAAGUAGGCAGGCACCUGCUGUUACCAUGUCAACACGAGCUGGUCCCACACCACUGUCACAGAAUGAGUUAAGGGCAGUAAUGAAAGCAUCUCAACAAGAAAUUCAUCAAACAACAAGAACAGGACCAAGUGCUUUGUCCAUAGAAGAGAACAAGCUACUACAAUCACUUGAUAGACUCAAUGAACGCUUAAAGGCACAGGAAGCUAUCACUGCAAAUAUUAACAGACGACAUGAACAACCAUCGUCAUCGCCAGUAUAUCGUGCAGCAAACCAUCAAAGAUCUUCCUCAGCAACAUACAAACACAGAUAGAGAAGGUGCAAACUCAAACUACUAUGUAUGAUACAAGACAUUUCCUGGUCUUUGCUGGUCACAUUCUUACCAAGAUCAUCUUUAGCAACAUAUAAACAUUGGCUGAGGCUUGUACAACUUCAAGCUACUAUAUUUGAAUGAUACCAGACAUGGUCUUGCUGUUGACAAUCAGUAUUGUCCCUAACACCAUUAUGAAUUAUUGUUUGCAUUACUGUAUAUGAUAGACAAGGUUUUGCCAGAUUGUAGCAAUGUAUAUAGAUUUCAUGGUGACAUGUUGUGUUACUUACAAAAAAGCAUGAGUGAAUACAAAGUGUUCAAAAAAGGAAAUUAAAGUAAAAAGUUAGAAGAGUGGAUAUUCUGCUUUCUAACUAAUCCCUAAACCUCCA